AUUUCCGUCCCGGAAGUCGUCGCAGCGGAGGGUCUGAGGCAGCAAGGUGAGCGCGGUGUGUUCACGUGCUGUCGGCGGAGUGAAACAUGUGGAAGGUGAUCCAGCUGGCGGUCCGCCGGGCGGGGAGGAGCGGGGCUCGUUUUGCCGACCGCCGUGUCCCCACCGCGGGCCGUGCGGGGUCAGUGCCUGGCUCAGAGGCCGCGUCAGGUCGGGGUCUGAACCGGCAGCUCUGCAGCGGAGCCGGGAGGAAGAUCCAGAGCUGCACGGUGGACCCGGACCUGGAGGAGCAGUUCGUGUUUGAGGACUGUUCAGGUCCAGAGGAGGAUAAAGACCUCCAUCAGCCCCUCCUCUCCUCCUCCUCCUCUGCUGCUCCUCCUGGACCUCCUCAGGUUCCUCCUCCUGGACCUCCUCAGAAACACCUGAGGUCUCUGGAGCAUCAGCUGCAGGUGUUGAGGGGCGUGGCCCAGCAGGAGGCGGAGCCUGACUCUUUGAUCCAGUUCCAGGACGUGGACUUCCCGCUGGAUGAGAACGUCGUGUCAUCGCUGAAGAAGAAGAAGAAGAAGAAGAAGAAGGGGGAGGAGCCGUCGGGUAAAGGUGAGCACAAAGUGUUCGGCAGCCCGGACGUGGACGAGCCGGUCAGUGACACCUGCUGUCCGGGUUGCGGCGCCGUGCUGCACUGCGUCGCCGCCGGCGUCCCCGGCUACCUGCCCAGCGAGAAGUACAAGGUGCUGCUGCAGGAGGAGCGCCUCAGCGCCGCCACCUGCCAGCGCUGCCACCUGCUGACCCACCACCACAAGGCCCUGAGCCUCAGCAUGUCCUCGGACCAGUACCGGGCCGUGGUGAGCCAGAUCCGGCCCCGCAAGGCUCUGGUGCUGCUCGUCGUAGACCUGCUGGACGUCCCCGACUCCGUCGUGCCCGACCUGGCCGAGCUGGUGGGGAGCAACAAACACGUGGUCGUCCUCGGCAACAAGAUCGACCUGCUGCCCGGCGACUCGCCCAACUACCUGCAGCGGAUCAAACGGCAGCUCGCUCAGUACUGUCGGGACGCCGGCUUCGGGGAUCAGGUGACCGACGUGCACCUCAUCAGCGCCAAGACCGGGUACGGCGUGGAGGGUCUGAUCUCCAGCCUGCAGAGGUCCUGGAGGUACAAAGGUGACGUGUACCUGGUGGGCAGCGCCAACGCCGGCAAGUCGACGCUCUUCAACACGCUGCUGGAGUCCGACUACUGCAAGUCCAGAGCCUCCGACAUCGUCCACAAGGCCACCAUCUCGCCGUGGCCCGGGACCACUCUGAACCUGCUGAAGUUUCCCAUCAUCAACCCGACUCCCUACAGGAUGUUCAGACGGGACGAGAGACUGAAGGAGACGUCGGGACAGACGGAGAGCGAGCUGUCUGAGGAGGAGCUGAGUAAACUGAGACACUUCAGCAGGCAAGGAUACCUAGUGGGUCGCGUUGGCAGAACCUUCCGGCCUGACAUCCGGUCUCGACCCGACGAGAUCGAGUUCGAUGCCGACAGUUUGGCUUUUGGAGAAAACGACGAUGGAGACACGAAGAAGACCACGAAAGCUCCCAGCGGCCCACCUGAGGAGUUCUCCUUCAACGAGCUGAAAGACGCUCACUGGCUGUUUGACACGCCGGGAAUCCUGAAGGAGCACGACAUCCUCGGCCUGCUGACCGAACAGGAAGUGAUGUCAGUGGUUCCCACUCAGGCGCUGGUCCCCAGGACCUUCGUGCUGAAGCCCAGUAUGAGUCUGUUACUGGGAGCUCUGGCCAGGAUCGACUUCCUGGAGGGGGGGCGGUCCUGCUGGUUUUCGGUGGUGGCCUCCAGUCGGGUCCCGGUUCACAUCACCAGCCUGGAGAAAGCCGACAGCGUUUACGAGAAGCAUGCGGGACACGUUCUGCUGGGGGUUCCUCUGGGGGGGUCGGAGCGUAUGAAGCAGUUUCCAGUGCUGGUUCCUCAGGAGUUCAGGUUGGAGGGGCGGGGCUACCUGGAGGCCGCUGCUGACGUCAAACUGUCUUCUGCAGGUUGGGUAGCAGUGACGGCGGCAGCAGGGGACCAGGUCUUGCUGAGGGUUCACGGUCCGGGUCCGGCAGGGUUCAGGCUGAGGACGCCGUCUCUCCUUCCUCACAUCGUGUCUCUGAAAGGAGAACGCGUCAGAAGGUCUGCGGCCUACAAGCCCGUGAAGCCCCCGGGGCUCCUGGACGGGGGGCUGUCGGCCCGCGGCGCCGAGAGGCUGCAGGUGAAGAAGAAGAAGAAGAAGACGACGGCGUGAAGCCGAGGAGGACUACAGAGCGACAGGGAGGAGGAGCUGGUUUCCUCCUCACUCACUGCAGCCUCUUAAGAUGCAUCUGGAGGAGUCGGGAGGUUCCUUUCCUUGGUCCUUUCCUUGGUCCUUUCCUUGGUCCUUUCCUUGGUCCUUUCCUUGAUCCUUUCCUUGGUCCUUUUCUUGGUCCUUUCCUUGAUCCU